AAAAAAUUAGUAAUCUUUAAGGAUUUGGUUAUUACAUAAGUUUGCAGAAUAGACAUCUUUGUUUCAUAAACAAGUUCUACAGAAGCACAAUACUUUUGUCAAUUGGCAGUGUAUUCCACAUAAUUAAAACAUUUUAUUGCAAAACAUCUGCUUCAUAAAAAUAUACAUUUGUCAAUUAAAAUGAUAAUAUGUUUUGCAAAGGUAGGUUUUUGUUUUUUGUUUUUGAGACACAGUCUUGCUGUGUAGCCUGUGUGGCCUAGGAUUUGCAAUUCUCUUGCCUCAGGCUCCUGGAGUGUUGCAAUUAUAAGCAAAGUAUAUAUACUACAGAAAAUAUAUUUUUGUUUAGUAUACAUAUAUGUUUGUCUAUAGAAUUAUAACAACACAGAAUUAGUGAUGUGCCAUUGAGCCUCUGAAUAUUUUUUUCUCCUUGUCAUUUCUCAGCUUUUUGGCUAAGAUCAGGCAUAGUAUCUAAGUAAUCUUUGUCCUUGAGAAUAUAGUUACUGAUACUUUCUGUGGAAGUAUCUGAGACUUACAUAUUUCAUUCACUGUACUUUAAAAGCUCUGUAAUGAAAGCUUUAUAGAAUGUUGGGCUAGAUAUCAUUUUUAGAUCUCUGUUAUUUUCCCAAUGACUUAACUGUGUUUGCUUAUUCUUUAAGAUAAUCACAACUAUAGAUGAAGAAAAAAAUUUUGGUCUUAAAAUUUUAUCUUGUGAUAAACCUUUUAAAAUAGUUGUGUAUAUGGCUGCCAUUAGCUCCCAAAGCCAAGUAAGAACUUAUUUAAAAUAAUGAUACUAAACCAGAUCUCAGCCUGCAAAAUAUGUUAUGUAAACUGAAGCUUCUUAUAUUCUUAGGCUGUUUUAAGGUUUUAUGAUAUAGGAACAAUUUUCUUUUAAUCCUAAAAUGAUGAAACAAAGUAUGAAUAAGAAAGAAUGCAGUCUAUUAAUCAUAUUUACUGAGGGCUAUAAACUCUAGAUUCUCUCCUCUGAUUAUUGUUUAAUCUAAUUAAGCUCUUAGUGUUUAGCAUUCAAUUAUAAAUAAGACAUUCCUUUUUUUGCCAAAUGUCAGUAGUUCAUUCUUCUUUGCUAUUCAGGAUGCUGAGAUCCGUAAGAUGACACUAAGAGUCAGCCUUGACAAGAGUUUGUGCUUCUUCAUCUCUGAAAUAACCAGCAGAAAACAGAGUUAGAAACAUCUCUCAAGAAGUAGAGCACCAACAGGAGGACCAAAAUUCAAACUCCAGUAGCAUUUAAAAAAAAUCUUGCAAUUUCCAAUCUACAGAAACAUAAUUUAAAGUUUCUGUGGAGAAGUUACUGAAUCUAUUUACUGAAUUUAUGGAGACAUUUACCAAUGAUGGUAGUCAUUCCAAAGAGCAUUUGCAAUUUUAUGCCAGUGAUGGACAUAUCAGCAGCCUGAAUCAAGACUUCUUAAAUGAAAAGACUGGAUUGAAGGCAACACUUAAGGAAGCUGAGCUGGCAGCCUGUUCUGUAGAAUUACUUUUGCCAUUAUUUAAGAACACCGUUGAAGGAAUCUGUAUAGACAAUCCUAACCUUUCUACAUCCAGUUUGAAGAUUUCUGAACAGAAGAAAAUAUUAACAAAAGAAUUAGAUACUUUUAAACGUGUACAACUGGCCUUAGAACAUUUUAGAAAGACAGACUACAAACAAGCAGGAGAUAAUUUACCCAGCAUGUUGUUAAAGAACCUAACUGAUAAUGAAAGUGAAAAUAUUAAUCUUAAGAAGAAGGUUCUGGAAAAGGAAUCAUAUAUUCAAGAACUCUCAUGUUUAUUUCAGAAUGAAAAGGCUAAUGCUUUGAAAGUAAACCGCUUUUCUCAGUCAGUGAAAAUAGUACAUGAUCGACUACAGGUCCAGAUUCAUAAAAGGGAAGCAGAAAAUGAUAAAUUAAAAGACUACAUAAAGAGCAUAGAGAACAAAAUAGCCAAAUGGAAUUUGCAGCUGAAAAUGAAUAAACAAGAGACUGUAGCAGUGAAAGAAUCAAGUCGACAAACAGUCACUGCCCUGAAAAAGGCAUCGAAAAUUUAUCAGCAAAGGUUCAAACAUUUUACAGGAGAUAUUGAACACCUUACUUCCCAAAUUAGAGGCCAAGAAGCCAAGUUGUCUGAAACAGUUUCAGCUUCCAAUGCCUGGAAAAGUCGUUAUGAGAAAAUUGUAAUUGAAAAAGCUGAAUUAGAGGUUCAUAUUGAAACAAUGAAAAAGCAAAUCACUGAUCUUUUAGAAGACCUGAAGAGAGUGGAAACCCAAGGGAAAGCUUCAUGUGAAGGAAUUCUUAGAAAACUUAACUCACUUGAAUAUGAAAAUGAAACUCUGGAUCUUGAGAAUACAAAGUUAAAGACUUCACUUGCUGCUUUGAAGGAUGAAGUUGUUUCUGUUGAAAAUGAACUCAUAGAAUUGCAAGAAGUAGAAAAACGACAGAAAGACCUGAUUGAAGUAUAUAAAACUCAGGUAGAAAAGUUGCAGGAAGCAGCUGAAAUGGUGAAAAGCAGAUUUGAAAAAUUGCUAAAGGAAAAUAGCCUAAUAACAAAAAACAAAAAUAAAAAAAUAGAGAAGUUUGAUGGAAGUCAUAGUCUUCUGACAAAGCUUUCACUUGAGGAAGAGAAUUCUCUCAUUCAGUUAAAGUGUGAAAACCUUAAACAGAAAUUAGAACAGAUGGAUGCAGAGAAUAAAGAUCUUGAAAAGAAGCUAGCAGACCAAGAAGAAUGUCUUAAGCACAGCAAUCUGAAGCUUAAAGAGAAGUCGGCAGAAUAUACAGCACUGGCCAGGCAGCUGGAAGCUGCUUUAGAAGAAGGAAGACUAAAGGUUUCUGAAGAAAUAGAGAAAAUGUCAUCUAGAGAGAGGGCUUUACAAAUUAAAAUACUAGAUCUGGAAGCUGAACUUAGGAAGAAAAAUCAAGAACAAAACCAACUUGUUUGUAAAAUAAACAAUAAAGCACAAUAUCAGGAAGUGUGUUUGAAAGAAAUACAACACAGUCUUGAGAAAACGGAGAAUCAAAAUGAAAGUAUUAAGAACUAUUUACAGUUUCUUAAAACUUCUUAUGUCACAAUGUUUGGAUAAAUUUUUGAAUCUAUUUUCUAUUUUAGUAUGUUUUGAUUUGUGUUAGUUCCAAUUGAAGAUACUUGAAAUCUAAUUUAUUAUCUAAUUGAAAUUGUAAAACACAAUAACUGUUUUGUUUUUUUUUUGCUUAAUCAUUCUCAUUUAACACUUGUUUAAUUCCUUUUAAAUUAUAUCGGAUUUUAGAAUGUUUUUCCCAUGUAUGAACAGAAAUUAGAAUGUCUUUGUAAAGUUUUUCUACACCAUUCAAAUGAAUUUGUAGUAAAUCUAGGCCAAAUAUGUGAUUUUGCAUAAUGUAUAUAUUUGUUUUAUGUUAUGGUGCUAUGUAAAUAUAAUAAAAUAUGCUGAACUUUA